GUACUUAUGACGUUUGGGCUUACACUCACAGCAAAGAUGGCGGCGUCCUUUAAGGAGCUCACAAGGAAAAUAGUGAAGAUCACGAACACAAAUGUGAACUUUGGGUCGAGAAACCGACUCAGAAACUCGUUUUUACGGACAGAAGUGUCGGCGUGUCGGUGCUGCAGCGGAGAAUCGGCGGGCAGCACACAUUUCGGUUUCGAGACGGUUCCGGAGGGAGAGAAAGCAGAGCGAGUGUACAAGGUGUUUGAAAGCGUGGCUCAGAAAUAUGAUGUGAUGAACGAUGCGAUGAGUCUGGGGAUCCACCGGCUGUGGAAGGACUCACUGCUUCACCUCAUGAACCCUCAGCCUGGAUCAAAACUGCUGGACACAGCUGGAGGCACAGGGGACAUUUCUUUCCGGUUCCUGGAGUACACGCGCUCCGUCAGAGAGCGACAGCUGCGGCACAGAGCGCGAGCCAAUCAGACGCCUUCCUGGCAGGAAAUCGCUGCUGGCUACGGCUCUGAGGGGGCGGAGCCUGCUGAGUCCAGGGCUGUGGUGUGUGACAUCAAUAAGGAAAUGCUGAAGGUGGGAAAAGAGCGAGCAGAGACGGCGGGAAUCACCACAGGUUUGUCGUGGGUGGUCGGGGACGCAGAGGAGCUCCCGUUCAACGACGAUCAGUUUGACGUUUACACCAUCGCAUUCGGCAUCCGCAACGUCACUCACAUCGAGCAGGCUCUGCAGGAAGCUCUGCGAGUUCUGAAGCCCGGCGGACGCUUCAUGUGUCUGGAGUUCAGUAAAGUGUCCAACCCGCUGCUGUCCAGGCUGUAUGAUGUGUACAGUUUCCAGAUGAUUCCAGUUUUAGGGGAGGUGAUCGCUGGAGACUGGAAAUCGUAUCAGUACCUGGUGGAGAGCAUCCGCAGGUUUCCUGACCAGGAGACGUUUAAGGAGAUGAUCGAGGAGGCUGGUUUCUUCCGGGUCCAGUACGUCAAUCUGACAGGAGGAGUCGUGGCCAUCCAUUCAGGGUUCAAACUGUGAGCCUUUCACCUGGAGACCCUCACUCGGACCCAGAGACUGUCCCACAGACCGCUGACCCGCAGACCGUACAAACGCACUGUGGGCAGGACACGCAUUGACCAGCAGAGGGCUGCAGAGAGCUGCAGAGACGGAGACGCGAGAGACAUUCGGAUAAAACCGUUUGAAGCAGCGCAGAAAUCUUAGAAAUUGUACUUUACAGAAAUGUCUUUUCUUCUCAUUGAGUGGAGCUGUUUUUUAGGGAGGGGGUAAUGAGCGACUGCUGUUCUCUAGUUUGUGUUGCUGGUUUGAGUCGUCAGUUCAUUUGAGGUUUUAUAAAUUCACGUUGAAGUGUGUUUUUCACAGGUUUGAGUUUUUUCAGCCUUUAACAGUGAAGAUACGUUUCUACAGCAGUUUCUGACUGGCUGAUACACAUUAUUAAUAUAAAGUUUUUCUUCAAUAAUUAAAUUAAACAAGCUGAAUCUUUUGAGUAUUUA